AUGUAUUCCGUGGUCAUAGAUGUGGUGUCCAGUGGAGAGAGAGUCGAUGUCGUACUCAAAGUGGAAAUUGUGGAGGAGCUGGUCUCUUUGUCCGUGGUGGUAUCAAGACUUAGGCUAGAUGGGCUGGUUGUUGUGUCAGAAUCUACACUUUCCGAAGAGCUUGACGAGACACUGCUAUCUGAAGAUGUAGAAAAUACGGUGCUAAAAGUGGUGCUUAGGCCGCUCAAACUAGUUGAAAUUACUAGAUUGGAUGUUGUCAAUGUACUUAGUGCGGUGGUGCUUGAAAAUUCAGUAGAACGAGAGGAUUCAAGAGAGCUUGAACUUUCAGUAGAGAUCGGAGCUCUAGAAGAGGUUGAAGAUUCGCUUGUACUUGAAGGCCCGUUGACAGUCGUGGAGACAGUGGUCGUGGAAGAUUCAGUGGUCGUGGAAGAUUCGGUGGUCGUGGAAGAUUCGGUGGUCGUGGAAGAUUCAGUGGUCGUGGAAGAUUCAGUGGUCGUGGAAGAUUCGGUGGUCGUGGAAGAUUCAGUGGUCGUGGAAGAUUCAGUGGUCGUGGAAGAUUCGGUGGUCGUGGAAGAUUCAGUGGUCGUGGAAGAUUCAGUGGUAGAGGAAGAUUCAGAAUUAGUGGUGGGAAGAAAAUCAGUAGUAGUUGAGGAUUCAGUUGUGGUGGAAGAUUGA